UUAAUUUUCGAGAGAAUGAGUAAUGAAACUAGAGAGCACUGUAAAACACCCCAAGUCUUUCAGUAUUCGAGUUUAAGCCAGGGGCUUUGGCCACUUUGAAUUGGCAGGCCUGGCUACUUGGAGAAAAGGUUGGUUGUUUUGGACAAAGCGAACAUCGGAACAUGCAUGUUACCAUGUAUUGACAAGAAGGAGAAGAAGAUGAAAAAGGCGAAAGAGGAACGCGUAGAAACUCCGAUUCCGAUGAGAAUUGAGAAGAAGAGUAAGAAAGAGUCAAAGAAGCGAAAGGAUUUGGAUAUGGACGUGAAUGCUGGCGACAAGGAAAACAGGAGCGAGCCCUUGAACAAUGCCAAACCCAACAGCGAGUUUGAGGCACAAAAGACUAAGAAGAAAUCAAAGAAGGACAAGGUGGAGCAAGAGGAGAAGAAAACGAACGGGGAGGAGGAGACCCCGAAAGCGGUGUCGAUGACCAAAAAGAAAUCAAAGAAGGCCAAGGUGGAGGAAGAGGAGAAGAAAAAGAAUGUGGAGGAGGAGGAGAAACCUAAUGCGGUGUCGCAGUUUCGGAUUUCGCAGCCAUUGAUGGCUAAGUUGAAGGAGAGGGGGGUCGAGUCCUUGUCUCCAAUUCAGGCCAUGACCUUCGAUACCAUCUUGGAUGGGUUCGACUUGAUGGGUCAGGCUAGCGCUGGCCAGGAUAAAACUCUGGCUUUUGUGUUACCCAUCCUGGAGUCUCUAAUAAAUGGUUCUGCAGAACAAUCUAAAAAGACCGGGUACAGGGCUCCAACUGUUAUCGUACUUUUACCUACAAGGGACUUGGCCAUACAGGUUCUUAAGGAAUUUGGAUUUUACGGCGGUUCUUUGGGAAUAGUGUCAUGUUGUGUACACGGAGGAUCCUCCCACAAGGUUCAAACAAAGAAGUUAAAGAGAGGCCGGGUUGAUAUCAUUGUUGGAACACCUGGCCGUGUAAAGGAUCAAAUAGAAAAGGGCAACAUAGACUUGAGCAAUUUGAAGUUUCGGGUCCUUGGUGAAGCUGAUGAAAUGUCAAAGAAGGGGUUAGUUGAACAUGUUGAAUUCAUUCUAGGCAAGGAAUAUGAUGUAGCUAAAGUUCAAACGCUUCUCUUCAGUACUACCAUGCCCCAUUGGGUGGAAGAGAUUGCUCCCUCCAGGUAUCUUAAAUCAAAUUAUAAAAAGGUUGAUUUGGUUGGUAAUGAAAAAAUGAAGACCAGUCAAUCCGAUGGUGGUUUCUCUGAUAAAAGAAAUUAUAGGUUUUCCGGUCAAGGUGGGACAGGUCGCAGCAACUAUGGCAACAGAUGGUGAAACUUAGAGCGUUGCUCAUCAAGUAGCCUGUAAAUGAAGGUUGCAUAUAAGGGUCGGAAGUGAUGAAAGCCAGUAAAUCGACGUGAAGGGAAGAGCAUAUAUGAUCAUGAAGAAAAUAUUCACUAGAGGGCUUACCCUUCUUUUUUUUCUUUUAUUUUAGCCGAUGGGAUUUUCCCUGUCCCUACGCUUCUCGAUCAAGUUUGUAGAAAUGAAAGUCCACUUUUUUAAAUUCAGUUUUCUAUUUACUGGAGAAAAUUAAAGGUGUUGUAUUGGAUCGAGUUUUUUUUGUGAUU